AUGAAAGCUGAUAGUUUUCACUCAGCAUUAUCAGAUAAGCAUGCUAAAUAUAAUUAGUUUAUAUGUUCAUAGCUUUUUGCAGGUUAUAAAGUUCGAAAUAAGGACUAAUUAAAAAAACAGCAUAUACUCUCCAACACAUCAGAUGAAUAAAAAAUGGUUAACAAUCUUACUGCUUCAUAAAGUUAUUUAAAUGCAAUGAAAGCAUUGUAGGAAAAGAUCAAAUAACUGGAAUUCGAGAACUUAAGUUUAUAGACUCUAGUGUCAUCAAAUGAUUACAAGAGUAUCCUUAAAUCUAAUGAGAGAAAGAUUAAGGAAUCAAGUGUGCAUUUAAAAACUAGUGAAAACAUAUAAAUUAAAGAACUUGAAUCCAAGUUAAUGCAACAGGAAUUUACAUCUAAAUUAAGGUUCGAGGAUUAUGAAUGCAAAAUAGAACAAUUACAGCAUAAUUUAUUGAGCAUUACAUAACAAGCCGAUCAAAGAAACAAGGAAUGCAUGGAAGAAAUCUAAAAUUUGUAAUUUUUUUGUUUUAAAUUAAGAAAUGAUUAGCUGAGUAAUUAAGAAGAAAAUAAUAUUAAUUUCAGAAACAAGGUUAACUCCUAUAAUUAAUUUCUAUUCCAAGAAAAAUAAAAUUAUUCAAAUUUAUAAUUCCUUUUUGAAUAAGAGAAAAAUGAGAAAAGAUUUUUGUUUGAAAAUAAUGAAAAAUUAUAGUAAGAAAUAUUAAAUUUGAAAGAAAAAUUAUUUGAAGCAGAACCUUAUAUAUAAUAAUAUACAGCUUAUUAUAAUGAUAAAAAGUUAAGAAAAUUGGAGAAUGAAAACAAUAAAUUAAAAUAUUAAAUAGAGCAUUUGAAAACGGAGAAUGAAUAACUUUAAAAAUCAAUCUAGAACUUGAAUUCAAAUUUAGAUUUAACAAAAAAAGAACUUGAAGAAUCGGAGUACACAAAAGUAAAGAAAUCUUCCGAAUCAAAUGUAAGAAUAGAGUAAUUAAAAUAAUAAUUAAUUACUUUGUCAUCAAAAUCUAAUCUAUCCACUCUAAGUCCAAGAAUAACUUAAAAAAAGAACAUUAAAUAAGUCUCAUCCAAAGAAAUGUCAAUAAAGGCAUAAAAAAUUAGAGAUCUAAGAUAAAUCAAAAGCAGAAGUCUAAAUAAAUUGAAUGAUCCUUAAUUUCUAACUCAAUCUUAAUCUAUGCAAAAUAAUAACUUUUAGAACUAAAAAUAAUAAGGGUAUGAUUCACAAAGUAGUGGAGUCAGUCGAUUGAUAGUAAAGACUUUAGAAGAGAAUUAUCCAUCUUAGGAAUACAAAAAUGCAGUUAUCAUUUGUGAUGAAAUUACUUAGACUGAUUAAUAAUUUUGUAGAAAACAAUAGAAAUAUCUCAGAGCAAUUUAAAGAAUUAAGUUUUUGGAUGAGCAAUUAGCUGCACUCAAUUUAUAAUACUAAGAUAUCGAAGAACAUGAAUAUUAAAAAAGAAAAGAGAUAGAAACUACUAGAGAUAAUCGAUUAAAUGUAAGAUGUUAACAAAGAAUUAAAUGA